AUGAACUCAAACUACACUCCGUGGACGCUCGAGGAGGACCGCCUACUGCUGCACUCGUACCAGAGCGGCGCGAAGAUCACUGACAUUCGCGUGAGUAGCCGAUCCGCCGAAGCAAUCAAGCUCCAGCUACGCCGACUUCAGAACGUCACGCCACUGGUACGCGACGCGCACCACAAGAGCCGCUGCGACCCGGAGGCGCCAUAUCAGGACCUGCAGAACGACAUCUGGACGCCGAUCGACUCGACCCUCGCUCUACCGCCGAACAAAUAUGAUCUGAUUCACUAA